AUGGUUGAAGAAGAGUAUCAAGAAUAUACAAAGAUAGAAAAACUUGGUGAAGGUACGUAUGGUGUCGUUUAUAAAGCAAGAGAUAAAAAAACUGGAAAAAUUGUAGCAUUAAAGAAGAUUCGAUUGGAUGAAGAAGUGGAAGGAAUUCCUCCAACUUCGAUUCGAGAAAUUUCAUUAUUAAAGGAAGCAUCCAAGAAUAAAAAUAUCGUAAGGUAA